CUGUUUCGACUUCAGAUUUCAGUUUCUGUGUCACAUACGCUGGCAGGGUGCAAUGGACUCUGAUUCACUAAUCUUGUGGAACGCAAUACAAACUUGGUCACUAUUGCUGAAAUUCAGCCGUACUCUAUGCCAUGCCAGGGAAGUGACACCCCCACCUACCACACACAUACCUUUUCCAUUUUAAGGCCAGAACUGGAGUCAUUGCAGUGAAUAAAACUGCAAGUGAAUUUUGUUGGUGGAUUGUUUAAAUUUGUUCAAUUUUUAAAUUAAUAAUAAAACCCUGCCUUAACUAGAACUGAUGCUUUCAUUUUGCUCACUUAAUUUAUCUGCUUUUUAUAUAUUUUUGUAAUCUGUCCUGAUGUAUUGAUGUGUGGAAUAAAUUCUCUUGUUCAAGCCUCUUGGUGUUUUGUACCCUUUGAUUCAGUGGUACCAUCUUCAUUUCUUUUUCUUUUUUUCAUGAAGGAGUAUGUCAGAAGUGAGAAAGGUAGUGUGAAUUUGUGUUGUGUGAUACAGCCAGUCAAGAGAAUUUUGUUUUUAUGUCCACUUUAAUAUACUCUUUGCGACCAGCCAUUUACUGGGUCAGAAAUGAGUGGCUGUAAAUAAAAAUCUCUAUGAAUUUUUGGUGAGUGUUUGAACGUCUUUGAACUUGUUCCCCUUUUACAAUGUGCACAAUGUUGUAAGUUUGGUUAUGAAGUGCCUUACUCUGUUGUCAAUCAUCUGCUGACAUCAAGUUCAGAGAUGAUCUUCUGUUGGCUGUCAUUUUGAUGAUGAUGCAUGUACAUAUUGCUGCAUAUUGUAUUCCCUUUUGCUGUGGCAGAUAUGAUCUUUUGCACUAUACAUUUAUUUGUGUUGGUAUGGUGUUAAGUUACACGUUGGCGAAGGUUAUUGUGUUGUAUAACUUAAGCUUUCAUUGAUGAGCCAUGUAAUGUGUUGCAGCUGUUCCAUUUCAGGAAACAUUGCACUUGUCAUUUACAGGGCAUGUGGGGUGGGAGCAAGGUAGGGUAUGAGUGAUGUGAUUUGGCAAGCAGUGGAGUCGGUUGCUGUCCGUUGUAUUAUCCUUUUGUUUUCUGUUUCUUAAAUGAUUUAAUAUAUCUGGGACAGGAGAAAGGGAAUCUAUGUCCAAAAGUCCUUCAUACAUUGCCUGGAACGCGUGUGUCUGCUAAAUAAUUUGUCCUUGUAUUGUUUGUCACUGUUAUCACAAGUUCUAAUUGUUGGCAUCAGUACCUGACCAUAAUUAGCACAAGCCUAUUGCAAAAUGUCAAGGAAUGAUGCAAUCAAAAGUCACUCUCAUGUUCAAUAAAAGGAUACCGUUCUAGGAUAACAAAAAAUGUUGUCACUAAGUGCAGCUUAUGUUGCCUUCACAGUUAAGUCGCAAUUGAAACUCCUAACAUUUUUUUCAGUCCAUUUGGAAAAUUACUGUUUGAAUGGUCACAGUUUCCUUACAAGUGUAAGUCCAUAAGAGUAUAAGCAUUUUUAAACACGGUUUUGGAGAUAUUACAGGCCUUGUUUUAUGUGAGUGUGAAACUUGGCCUUUCUCUCUAAGAGAGAAUGUUUGGACCCAAGAGGGAUUAAAUAACAGUAGACUAGAAAGUUGCAUAAUGAAGAGCUUCAUAAUUUAUACUGUUCACCUAAUUCACCUUGUAGGGAGAGUCACCACCACUGCAUUUGUGCUCUCCUCUUUUUGGAGCUGCACUUUGAAUCCAUGUAGUGACACUUGAGCCAUGAUUUCGCUAAUGUAUUUGCCUUCAUAGCUUAGUGCUAAGUACAGGGAUUGUUUUGGCUUACUUGGCCUUUGAAUUACCACUAUAAUAAAAGAAGCCUCAAGUUUUUGGACUGUAAUAUUUUCUUACUGUUGAGAUGAAUCCUAGGAGGUUGAGAUUACCCUCAUGUUCUAUUACCAGAGAAUUAAUAUCAUACCAGAAUCAAAACUAGACAUUUUAUUUUUAUAAAGUAAGAUAAAAUUACAUACGUAACAUUUACAGCUAGGUACAAGAAAGAACUUGAUUGUAAGGUUAUGAAAUGUUUAAUUUUCAAUGGCCAUAUUGCAUCCUAAUUAAAUUUAUUCUCUUGAUGGAAGCUAAGAAAUUUAGAAACUUGGCUGUAACAGUAGAGAAAAGUAUUUUUAGGGGCAGUUUGAGGGAUGUAAAAACAAAAUUUGGACAGGGGAAAAGUAAUAUACAUGUUUGAGAAUUCCUACAAAAUUCCCUAUGGUUAGCCAAGCACAUCACCUUUGCAUAGUUGCAUAUAAUACUCUUUUUUUCAUUGCCAACAAAAUGUAAUAAUUUCCCUGCUGGUGAGUAUAUGUAAUGAAUCAGGAGGCCAUGAAAAAUAAGUCAUAAUGGCUGCUGGAAAUAUUGGUGCUGGUGUUUUAUUGUGGUGUGAUAUAUCAUUUUAUAAGUGUUAGUUUUGCUGCUGCUUUUUCCAGUUAUGUUUAAAGAGUCAUGAGAAAGGCAAGCACCUACUAGAGCAAGUGUGUCGGCAGCUGAAUCUCAUCGAGAAAGACUAUUUUGGCUUGCGCUAUGUUGAUCACACAAGACAAAGGCACUGGCUGGAUCCAGCAAAGGCAGUCCUCAAACAAGUUAAAGACAUGGAACCCAUCCUGUUCAGUUUCCGGGUCAAGUUCUACCCGCCCGACCCUUUCCGGCUCAAGGAGGAGAUCACCCGCUACCAGAUCUACCUGCAGCUGAAGCGAGACCUACUGCACGGGCGGUUGUACUGUACCCCGGCUGAGGCGUCGCUCCUGGCAGCUUAUAUUGUCCAGUCUGAACUGGGGGACUAUGACCCUGAGGAACAUGAGGGCAACUAUGUGUCAGAGUUAAAUCUCCUCUUGAAGCAGACACCGGAGAUUGAGGAGAAGAUUAUGGAGAUUCAUCAGACACAGCUCAAGGGGCAGACUCCUGCACAAGUUGAGAACAACUUCCUGCGCAAGGCCUGCCAACUGGACACAUAUGGGGUUGAUCCGCACCCUGUGAAGGAUCACCGGGGAAACCAGCUGUACCUGGGCAUCAACCACUGUGGCAUCUUAACUUUUCAGGGCUCGCGCAAGACUCACCACUUUCGCUGGGUCGAGGUGCAGAAGAUAAACUAUGAGGGCAAGAUGUUUAUCGUGCACGUCACGUACAAUGAGGACCCUAGGAUAAAGAAGAAGCGCACCGUGGGGUUCAAGUGUCCUACUGGUGCGGCGUGUCGGCAUGUUUGGCGUUGUGCCAUUGAGCAGAUGUUGUUCUUUACGUUACCAUCGAGUUCAGAGGCUCCGUCAGUUGUAACUGGGGGCAGUUUCUUCUCAUGGGGCUCGAAGUUUCGAUACUCGGGUCGUGUUGAGCGUGAGAUCUUGGAAGAUGUCGGUCCGCUUCGGAGGGAAGAGCCCGCUAUAAACCGCAGCUUCCGGACCGCGAGUCUCCGGCGCAAGGCUUCGUCUGUACCGGCCACCCCCUCUACCCCCAUCGGUUCCGAACUGGGUGAGAUUAGGUAUGGGAGCUUGCCUCGUGCGAACCACUCGGCACCGCUCUCAGACUCACGGUUAGAUGGCGGUCUGCUGGUGGAGGCACCGCUGUCAUCACCGUACUGCUCUGACAACACACUGCCGCUCCUUGAGACGGUCAGUGAGGACCAGGAGAUGUGCAGCAAGCAUCGUACUCCUGUCGCCGCCAACCAAGCAGGAGAAGUGAUUGAAGACUUUCUAAGACAUGAACGUGGUGAACUUGAUGUAACUACAACUGCCAGCGAACCAAUAUCUCAGACCGAGACCGUUCUGACACACCACUUGGUGAACGGUGGAGGUGGCAAAGAAACGGAGGGUGUCCAUUCCCACCACACCUUUGAUGACUACUACUUCCGAGACUCGUUUGAGCAGUCUUCUUCUGAGUCGCAGCUGGUCGAGGCCUCUGGUGGCUUCGGAGCAAAGCCAAGCAGCCAGCCACUACCGAGACCGAGUCCCAGCUUAAAGCCUGCACCACUGCCAGCACCACCGGCACCAGCCCCAGUGACCACCGCUACUGCUCCGCGUCGGUUCAAUCUUCUGCAGGUGUUUGUGCCGUCAUUCCUGUGCGUAGCGCUCUCUCUGGCUCUUGCCACAAUGCUAGUGCUGGAGUCAGACUGCGAGAUUCUUGGCACGGUGCGCCGGUGGCCUGAGAUGGUGGUGCUACGACGUGACUACUAUGAACCGGCAAAGGAGUUUCUACGUCAGAAACUGGCCAGGCUCCUGUCUUAAAUGUUCACCACGUGCGUCAUCUGUUGUUGAAACGUGUGCCACUUUGUGCACUGACACACAAGUCAUUAUUUCCUCUUCAAAUUUCUGUCAGGGUGGGUCAUCCUAUAAUGGAUGCUUCUCCUUUGUCCUCCAAUUAACACUUCCCUGUCAUCUCUGUUGCACACUAUUGCCCUAUUCUAUUUUAUGUGUCCUCACUCACUUUGUCUCUGCACCUUGUCCUGGUCUCUCAGAUAUCAGUUUAUUUUGCAUGUUCAUUUCUAAUCUUGCAAAGGAGUCCUGUUGUUAUGUACAUGUGUGUGCCUCUUUAUGUGACCACUUGAAGCAAAACUUAAAGGGACAAAAUAUUGUAAGUGAUCAUCAGAGAAUCAUUAGGUUCUAAUGUCAACUAUUCUAAGGUAGCAUCAGGUUUUGUCAGUGCUCAAAGAAUCCGCGCUGUAUUCAGUGGAUUUGCCAAAGUUGUCACUGAUGAAAUGAGAUCACAUGUUUUGUCACCCACACCAUGACUAACGCAUGUGCUCUUGAGAGAUUUACUUAACCUCUGUAGUCUGUGGAUCACAGCUUUUGUUGUCCCACCAAACUAUUAACACCAGAGUUCAUGUCCAGCUGGACGCCCCAUUAGUAUAGGCGCUGAAAGUGAUGUGAGAUGAAGGUUAAUGUAACAACGCACAAUGUUAAAGGUAUAGAAAAGGGAUUGAAAUUGCAUUUAUUUCCACAGCCAUGGCAUGCCCCUCCCACCUCUCCAGUAAGGAAAUUACUGGGUUGUUUGAGUAAGCAGAGGUGUAACAUCAGGUUGGAUUUUACAUGUGAUGAUUUUAAUUUUAAUGCUCAUUUGUUUUCUUGUCAUAAAACAGCAUCACUCUGAGAAAAUCAUUUCUUCCCCCACUGUAAAUACAUUUGUUUGUUUGACAUAUUAAUACAGUUACGUCCCACGCUUUCUCCUUCACUUACCUUGGCAUCUUGAGGAAGAGACCAAAUGUCGCAGCCAAGUGGGUUAGCACUCCUGCUUCGUAUUCUGGAGGUCCUGAGUUCAAAUAUCAGCCCUGGGAUGAGCUAUCCUUGCUGGGGUGUUUCAUGGUUUUCCUCAUUCCUGCCAUGCAAAUGCCAGGAUUGUGCCUAAAUUAGGCCAUAGCCACUCCCUUUCAAUUCAUUAUUCAUUAGAUCGUCAUACCAUGUGACACUACAUAGUCUAGAUACUGACAGCAUUGUUAAAUAAACCACUUAUAAAUAAAAUAGGGGGGUGGGGUCCGGGAGGUGAGGAAGGGAAGUAUGACGCAGCUUCCCUGAAGGUGGGGCAGACAAGGUACGUCCUUUCGUAGUUCACAUAUUUUCUAUAUGUGACACUGUAGUUGUGCUAGUGUUCCACUUUAAAGUACAGCUAUGCCACAGACUGCAUUAUUCACUUAGUAGGAAUUAAUGUUUUUCAGGUUUUGGUUCAAGAAUGGUUAUCGACCAUGUACUAACUGUCUCUAGUCCCAAGCAGAUGGUGCAAGCAUACUGAGAUCUUACUACAGGUCUAAUCAUGCUACUUUGGUAUUAACCUCAACCUGUGGCAGGUAUCAGUCGUGAACUGUCUCCAGUCAAAUACUGCACCUACCCCCUUCCAAAAUAAUGUCGAUCCAGAAAUUGUAAUCCAAAAUUAUAUCUUCAUUAGCCUAAGUUGAAGGUGCAAUAGUGUAGAAACAUAUUCCACAUUUUUGCACUCUUCUUACACUGUGUCUGUUGAGUCGAGUAGUAGUAUAAAUUUAAGCCAAUUGGAGUAAAGAAUCAAAACAUGUAAUUUUAAUUGCAUUUUAAGACACUGAUCAAGUGUGGCACACGCUUCAACAACACAGUGCCCUAAACUGUGGCAGAGUGAUUGUCGGGUGUUUGAAUCGGACAUGAAGACCUCAAAGUGCCUGGCCAGUCAAUACUCGUGCAGUGCAGCGUUGCCACUUGUUACUGCAGUAUCUUCGUAGCUUCUCUGCUGUGCGCUGUCUUGAUAUUUACAAAUAUUGAACCUGUUCUGUAUGGGCUUAGGAAUCUAGUGUGACCCGUCAUGGAACAUUUCCUCUAUUUUUCAAAUGAUUUGGUCAAACUGAAGAUUCAGGUGUUCUGGUGGUGCUCAUGUGUUAGUUGAGGUGUUGCAUUUGACAAUGUUUCUUACCA